AUAAAUAUAUUUCUUAUUUCUUAUACUAGUAUAUACUGCAUGAGUUAAAACAUGGCAUAAACCUAGCGCUUCCCAGGAUCAUACCUAUAGGGUUUUAAGCCACCUCGCCUCGCCACCAUGUAUGGGAACUCCAGCAAGGGAUCCUAGUGACGCAGAUGCGCCCCUGCAUGGCCCCCAACCUGCAGCUUCCACCAUCCUCACUGCGCAGAUCCUCCACACAUCUGGCUUCUCAGCUGCCAAAUCUGCUGCCCUCCAUGCCCUCUCCGACAUCACCUGCCGCUACAUCACCUCCUUGGGCCGCACUGCCGUGGCCAUUGCCGAGGCCCGUGGCCGCACAGAACCCAACCUGCUCGAUCUCAUCCUCUCGCUUGAGGACCAUGCACUUGUUGGUUUCCUGGGUGCAUCUGACCCUACUCGCCCAGUCCUCCGCUCCGGCGUGCUUUUGGAGCUCGUCGGAUUUGCACACUUGGUAAGAGAGGUGCAGUUUAUGAAGCUGCGGCCGAGGAUGGGAGGAUGGGAUUCUCACCGAAAAGGGUGGGAGAGCUUUGCAGCAGCAGGGAAGGAGCCACCACUGAAACAUGUGCCUCGGUGGCUGCCGUGCUUCCCCGAGGAACAGGAGGCGAAGUUGGAGGCCAAGAAUGAAGACGAGACUAAGGCGAGGUGGGAAGUAUGUAGGGUAGUUGAAGUGGAGGCUGAGCAGAUGUCGAAGGUGAAUGGUCAUUGCAUGGAGGGCAGGGGAGCGGUGCCAGAGAAGAGGGAUAAGGUGCAGUUUCUCAUGUAUGGGAAGAAGCGGAGGUGGGAGUCGAAAAGUGCGGUGGUGGAUUAGAACUUCUUGUGGAGAAGUAUGAAAACUUAUGGUAAAAUUGCUUUGAAACUGGCGGUUGAACUCAUGUUAUUGCAGUAGACAUAGCAUGAUGAAUUUACAUCUGAGAAUCUGAGUAUCUGACAUGGAGCUUGUAUAAUGAUGUAGCAUGUUUACUAAGGAUCCUGUUCAAUAUGUUAGCUGUUAUUCGCUUUUUCUUAUGUUAUUGAUCUAAUUUCGUAU